UAAACUGUAUGGCGAUGGUGUAAAUUUAGACCUUUCUUUUGCUUUUACCCUCCGAAACGUUUUCCGACGGGAGACUCCCCCUUACAGAAAUGGACUCGUACACUUUAUUGUUGGAGAAAACCCGAGUUCCCCAACCCUCGCUCCAAAAACUCGCUGUAAUCUCAAUAUUCGACAAGCUCCGAUCCGCGCCGGCGCGGCUAAAUCCGGACUCCGACCCCGGGCGAGAAGCCAUCACUCGAUGCCUCCACUCCACCUCCGCCGCCGUCGUCGACCAAUCGACUCGAGAAUUAUGUCGUCUCGUCAAGGACUCAAAAUUGGACCUGCUAACUGGGUUGUUGGAGCUCCAGUCCGCCCUCGAAGCCUCCAAUCCUCGCUUCAUCAAUCUCUUCAUCAAAGCCAUAGGAUUUUUAACUACAUUAGGCUUCCAGAAUGGUCACUCUUCCUUCCGCCUUUUUUCCUCGGAAACUCACCCAUUCGUGAAGAUACUUACUUGUGGAGUGGAAGUGCAUUGUGAACUUGCAAAACAAGUGAUUACUUUUAUGGUGAAGAGCAAGCAUUUGGGAAUGGAGGAUGUUUGUGAAUUCUUGAGGCCUUUCUUAUAUUAUUUGAUCAUAAAAGUUUCCAUCACGAGCUCUUAUACUCUCUUCAUGAGGAACUUAGUGUCCUCAUUGGCGUCAUUUUGUUGUUUAUUUCCUCGAGAGGCCAUCCCUGUAUUUAAGCUGUUGAUAGGAUGUCUCAAAUACUUUCCAUGCAAGAAUGCAGAAGAAUUUACAGAUGUUUCUUAUUUUGUUGAAUGCUCGAUAGACGCAUAUUUGGUGGUAUUGAGGCAGUUGGUCGGAUUGGGAUUGCUUGUUGAAGAAGCUCAAUUAUGCGGUGUCGAACUGCUGGAAGCAAUUUUGUCUCUACAUGGAGAUUUUCGCCCCUACUCUAGUGGUGUUGAGAAAAUUUUAGAAGUAUUGUGGCGCGUAUUGGCUGUGCAAAAAGAGCUUGGCCUAAAUUAUAUUACUGAAUUGAAAUCAGUGAUACUAUCCUUGUUCAUAAUUUUCAUUCAGUCUGAGCUCGAACAUGAGCAAUAUUCCAUUGUGAAACUGGUUCUCUAUCUUUUGAGAUGGAAAAGUGAAAAUGCAGAAUAUAAUGUUGGUGCUUCUACAAAUGAGCUGAGUGAAGAGCUCUUAUUCAUUUUUCCUGUUGUCAACCUUGUUUCCUCUCCAUGUAUGUCUGUUAAACAAGUGGCAACUGAUUUGCUCUCUGUUUUGGGGAAGUCUGCAAUGACUUUGCUGACUGCACCAAAGGCAAAGCAAGCUGUUGAAGGACUGUAUCCGUUCAUUACUUCGCCUGGAUGGAUCAUAUUUAGGCUACUGCGGAAUUUAUGGUUCCAGGAUCAAUCUUCAACUUUUGGUUCUUAUUAUGUUAAUUUUCCUUCCGCCAAUGAACUCUAUGUUAAAGAAGAGCAUUGCACAGCAAGACCAUGGCCUUCUUUCUUAAAGGAAUACACUCUUGGAAUUGUUGGGAAGCGUAAAUCCGCUUCAAUCAUUUCUCAGUCAGAGGAAGUUUUUUUGACAGAAAUGCCUGCUAUUCUUUGUGCAAUAGGUAGUGUCUUGCUCAUGCAUCAAAAGUUGAGGAACUCUGCAGUUGAUCUCUUGGCUGUUUGUAACAAUGUGGAACCUAAACUUGGUGUCCCUUUGUUGCUACUCGUUCUAUUCUACAGUCAUGUAUUCUUGAAUAAUGAUAAAGAAAUCGUUUUUCAUGACACACUGCUAAAGCUCUGGGGCUUGCUUCCGUCAUUGGCUUCCCAUUCUGUUAUGAUACCACUAAUUGUUCAGACUAUAAUACCAAUGCUUCACAAGGGUGCAAAGCCUGUUCUAUAUGCUACUGCAACGCGUUUGAUUUGUAAGACAUGGGAGAUCAAUGACCGUGUCUUUGGGAGUUUGCAGGGAGUAUUAGCGCCAAAAGGAAUUAGUGAGUUCUCGUCUGACAGAGAAAUCUGCAUUAGUAUUGCUGUUUCCAUUCAGGAUGUUUGCCGAAGAAACCCAGAUAGGGGAGUGGACCUUAUUUUAAGUGUAGAGUGAACAGGCCUGCAUUGAGAACCAAGAUCCUUUAGUUCAGACUCUUGGACUCCAAAGUCUUGCCCAUCUUUGUGAGGCAGAUGUAAUUGACUUUUAUACUGCAUGGGAUGUGAUUGCAAAACACGUGCUGAACUACUUUGGAAAUGCCGC